ACACAAACAAGCUUCGGCCGGAGGGAAGAGAGAGAGAGGGAGAACCGCAGCCGAAUCAGUCUGCGAGAGUGAACCGAGCUGCGCGAAGGUGUUUUCGAUUGCGUGACCAAUUUCAUCUGAAUUAAUUUUAUUCCGAAUGAUGGGCAUCAGGAAUACGGGCAAACUAGCCGGCAAAACGGUCUUCAUCACCGGAGCAUCUCGGGGGAUCGGCAAGGCGAUCGCGCUGAAGGCGGCCCGAGACGGAGCCAAUGUGGUGAUCGCGGCGAAAACUGCCGAACCGCACCCGAAGCUGCGGGGAACGAUCUUCACGGCGGCAGCCGAAAUUGAAGCCGCCGGCGGUAAGGCGCUUGCUUGCGUGGUUGAUGUCCGCGAUGAGGUCGCCGUUCGGGCCGCCAUCAAGCAGGCGGUGGACAAAUUUGGCGGGAUCGACAUCCUGGUUAAUAAUGCCAGCGCCAUUUCGUUGACCCCGACGGAACGGACCGAUAUGAAGCGCUACGAUUUGAUGAAUAACAUCAAUACGCGGGGAACGUUCCUGGUCUCAAAGGAAUGCAUCCCGUAUCUGAAGAAAAGCUCCCACGGUCACAUCUUGAACCUGUCACCGCCGUUAACUCUGAACCCGGAAUGGUUCGCCCGCAACCUAGCCUACACGAUCGCCAAGUACGGCAUGUCCAUGUGCAUCCUGGGGAUGGCCGAGGAGUUCCGGAAAGAUAACAUCGCGGCUAAUGCGCUCUGGCCGGCCAAACUGGUCCACACCGCAGCCGUGGACAUGAUCCACGGUGAUGGAGCCGAGGCCGUGUCCCGGAAACCGGAGAUCAUGGCCGACGCCGCCUAUGCCAUUCUCUGCAAAGAUCCUCGCACCUGCACCGGAAACUUCUUCAUCGACGAAGAUCUCCUCCAGGCGGAAGGCAUCACCGAUUUCGGCGAGUACUCCUGCGUGCCCGGAAACGAGCGGAACAUUCGCCUCUGCGGCUUCGUCGAUCCCAAUCGAUCGAAACUGUGAAACAUUCGAAAACAUUGGAAUCCAUUUUGAAUUUCAAAAGCGA